UACAGCUGAAAUGUUUGCUGGAUGAGAAUGGACGGCUCCUCUGAUGGCUAUUUGGUAGUUUGCAGCUAUACAAUUGCAGUACUGGAUCUCAUCUCCGCGGUGCUCUUUGCGAGUAUCUCGGGCAUGCUAUAUGCACAACACAGUCACUGGACGUCGCUGGCUGCGCUCAUCUUUUCCAUUGCUUGGAUGUGCAUUAUUUUGAUUUUGUUACUGGGCAUUUACCGGCGUCAGUUAAACUAUGUGCGCUACUGGCUGGUCUUCACCUGCUUGGGCAUUAUGCUGGAUGCGAUUCUUCUACUUUAUGGACUGACACUGGCCGUCUCAAUAAAUUGGGAGGGCGUUAGGAUUACCCUAAUGCCGUUUGUAGGCUUGGCUGUGGAAAUGACUUUUGUGUAUAUUAUCUACAUAUUCUAUUUGGAUAUGAUAGAGCAUGAACAGUGGAUACCGUUGUCUAGUCCCAGAUUUAAAGGUGGUUGCAAUCCUAGGAACAAAAAAGAAACAUCCCGUAGCAGUGACACACAGCGCAGGGAGCGCAAGCGUCUUAGGAAGAUGUACAAGAGAGAGGAAAAAGCUGCCUUAAAGGAGCUGCAACGCAAGCUCCGUAGGGGUCAAGUCUAAUGACCCUCCCACAAAU